GAGAGCCUUGCAAAUAAAGCCACCCCCCACCACACACCACGCACCACCGCUCUGCCCCCCGCGCCGAUCGAUCGAUCACCAUACGAGACGAGGAGAGGCCCAUGGAGGCGCACGCGGCUGUCCCGCUUCCUCAAAUGGCCGGCGCCGCCGCGGCUAGGUCCUGCGCCCGUAUGAGCAGUGCCCGCGGUUAGGUGCGCGCGUGCUCACGUACGUGCACAGUGGUCGGCGUCUUUACCAACGUUGGUCCAUCAUGGCCGGGAUGCUCCCCGGAGUGGAGUGCGCGCGGCGGCGGCGGAUGUGGCAGGGCGGGGGCGCGGGGGCCGACCAGGCGGCCGCGGGCACGAGGCGGCUCUCCUUCUGCCUCUACGCGGCCGGGCACGGCGCCGCGCACGCCGUCGGCACCGGCAGUUCCGGCAGCAAGCAGAGGAGCGGCGCCAUGGACGGGUGGGCGCUGGACAGCAAUGCCCGGGAGGCCAAGGAGCGGCUGGACCAGAAGCUCAAGAGCAAUGGCACCGGGCCCGACACCGUCAUCAAGAGGCAUCACAGCACGGGGAGCAUCAAGGUUAGCAGAGGAAACGGAAGCGGCGGCGGCGGUGGCGGAGGGGGCUCGUCGGCGACGGUGGCGACGGGCGUGCAGCGGGAGGUGUACUCGAAGAAGGGCGUGAUGAGGCGGCUGAUGAGGUGGAGCCGGCUGCGGUGGGAGGCCGCGGAGCAGGCGGAGUGCGCGGUGUGCCUGGACGAGUUCGCCGCGGGCGACGUCCUGGCGCACCUGCCGUGCGGCCACCGCUUCCACUGGGGCUGCGCGCUGCCCUGGCUCGAGGGCGCCGCCGCCGCCUCGCACUCCUGCCCGUUCUGCCGCGCCGCGGUGGACGCCGGCGCCGGCUCGCACGCCGCCUCCUAGCGACGCCCCGCUGGCCGGGCCAUCGGUUCGACGCCCGCGCGCGCGCCACGGCGUCCCACGAUGCCGUGACCGGCCGGCCCGCCGCCAGCAUAUGAUGCAUGACCUGCCACGGCGAAGAACCACUUGUAUUGUAGGAUGCGUCGCCGGAUCGAUGGCAGACACUUGGGAACGCGUACGGAGAGAAGACGGCCGUGAAAGAAAUCCUGGCCGGCGCCGAGUUGCAUGGUUUUGGGCGCGUCCGUGCACGGUCCGGUUCUGCCAUUUCAGUUCUUUUCCGGCGAGCGGUGGCCGAUGAGGUUGUUUUGGCGGGCAUGUACAUGCAACGGUUGUCGGUUGGCAAUGUCAGUCCGAUGUGUCACACCAUCCUUUGGUCAAGAGUAAAAACUGUAGAUUAAGAGCUUAGUUAUAGCAAGGGUGGGACUUUGUAAGAGGCGCGAUCAUGCUUUCGCCAAGCGUGCAUCAGCAUCAGCUGUUGAAGCUGAAGAAGGCGUGGCUGCCGCUGAAGCUGACGAAACUGAAGAAGUCGUGGCUACUACUGAACCUGACGAAACCGAAGAAGGCGUGGUUGCUGCUGAACCGGACGAAACUGAAGAAGAGGAAGGGUGCUCUACUCCGAAUGGCGAGAGCCAAACGGAAGGAGGGCAAGCUGCUGGGCCCCGGAGGUCAGACAGACCCCUUGCGUCGUCGCACAAGUAUGCUGGGAAAGAACGGGUCACGUCAUAAGGAGGGACCUACAUGCAAGCGAGAGUAUAAUUGGUCCCUGCUAUAUACAGAGCUCCCCGUUGAGUGUUUUUGGGCAUUGGGUGGAUCGUCGAACUGUAGAACUCUUGAAACGGGCUCACGCCUCGCUUUAUAUGUAAAGCAAACAUCACAGUGCACGGCCCCGCUUUAUCUGUAAAGCAAACAUCACAGUACACGGCCAAACGAUCGUGGAACUGUAGAGGCCUGAAAGGGGCAAACCACUCUCUUCCCUCUCUUUAAUUCCUCCUUUCUUGUAAUUCCGAAUCUGAGAUGUUGAGAUGAACCGAGCAAGUAGAUCCCUUGAUUCCCGUGAUGGUGUAGCACGUUUGUAACAAGGAUCCACUCCGAAAUACAAAACUUUGUGGACUUCGUCA